CGCUUAUUAGUCGCUAUCUUUUAAUCUGCAUAACCUGCAUCUACCAUUUUUAGCUUUUUUUCCGGUAAACAAGCAUGGGUUCUACUCUAAUCAAACGAGAGCUCAAACAUAUUGCGAAGAAUCCUCAAACCCACUGGAGCGCAGCCAUGGGUAAAACUGUUAGAGCUUUCACCGCCUCUGAUAGCGAGGCUACCACAUCGGUUCGUCAUAACUCUCGCCUUGAGUGGAACCCAGGGGAGGAAGCCGAGUCAAGUAGAAGCGAUCGGAUCCGAGUUCCUGAACUGAUCGACGAAUCAGACCGGGAAGAAGAUUGUGGCAACGAGAUCGCUCAUCGAGAUGAUCCAAUAGUUGGGAUCGAUCGGUUCGAGGUUCUGAUCGAUCUCGAGAAAGAGCCUACAAAUCGCCGCCGGUAUACUGAGGCUGAAGUGGAAGAGAAGCUAGUUCCACUUGAUGUUUUCGACUUCGACCUUCCUCCGGUGAUAAGUUGGGAUCCAGAGAUCGUAUGGGUCCCUUCUCAAUCUACUGAGGAUACAGUUCUAGGGAUGCUAAAUUCUUGUGGCUUGGAGGACUGUGGGAUUACUUUCAUAAUUCCUGACCCGAACGAUCGUCCAUGGAACCCUCCUAAGGGUUACAUUUGUCUCUAUGAGGCGUAUUUUAGGAAGUGCCAGCUCUGGUUCCCGAUCCCGUCGCUGCUGGUUUCUUAUGCCCAUCGUCAGAAGCUGGCGAUCUCCCAACUGACUCCUGCGGCGAUCUGUAAUUUCGUCGCCGACCUUGUCUUCGGCGCGAAGGAAGGUUAUAGAGUCAACCUUGGUUGCUUCGUGGAAUUGACGACGUUGAAAGCCAACAAGUUGUCAGGGACUUGGGUCGUCAAUGCCCGACCUAAGUUGAACUUCAUGCCCGGAACUAAAGUUAGCAAUUUUAAAAAUUGGGAGAGUCGCUAUUUCUAUGUCAGGGUCGACCUCCAUUCAUCUGAGCGCCCUUUUUCUGGUCGGAGGAGGAUAUGGAAUGAUGAUCCUGAUCGCUACGCUCCCAGUCCCGAUUUCCCUGUUGAAUAUGAGGAAGUCAGGUCGGCCAUUCUUCGUGCUCAAGACCGAACUUGGAAGAAUGUUACACGAGAACGAGUUGCUUGUGUAAUGGGUAAGGUAAAGAAGAGUUAUGUUAGUUUCGCGGCGAGGUUGGGAAGUUCGCCGCUUCCGACAGUUCGUCCCCAAGGGGCGGGCUCCACUGCUCAGGACCCGCUCAAUACUUCGGUUUCGGAAUUGCCUAAGGCAGCCGACGGUACGACUGAAAGCAAUCCUAUUUCUGUGGAUCCCGGAGUUGCUAGUGCCGUACGGGAUCCACCUGACGCUGAUCUGGUAGAAACUGGCGACCAGAUUGCCAAUCCUCAAACUGCUGUACGGGUCGACUGUGACCUAACUGCUCCCGAAGUGAUCAUGGACGGUCCUUCUACCGAGGAGGCGGCUGUUGCUGAGAAGAGAACGAAGUCCCGAGAGGACAAAGGGUAAGGUGUUGGUGGUAAGAGGAGUGCUUCUGGAGCCGGAAUGACUAAAGAGGGCCCUCCCACAAAGACCUUCUGUCUAACCAGAGACGACCCCGAUCACCCCGACAGAUUCUCCUUUC